GAGAUACGAGAAAACUUCAUCAUCAUUUGAUAAUGUAACAUUCUGUUGUUUUUAAGCGUGAUAGGAUAUUGAUGAGCGUGCAAAAAGCAGACAGUCGAGGGGGACGAUUGAGAUAGCUGAGACAGCGGAAUACUUCUGAAGUCAUUACACAGGACAAGACAAAAUCUUCGACCAGGAGAGCAACCUUAUACAUUCAUCUAAAUUGGAACAAACAAAUCAAAUAUGUCAUAAAUCUUGUGGUGUUGAGUGGUAUGGUAGAGAUUGUACCUGCUCGUUUUCCAGAUAGAGAUGUAAGUGACAGUGAGUACCUAUUACUACAUGUGGACGUUCUGAACACGACAACUGGCCAAUUUAAAGUCCAGUCUGUGGGAGCAAGGUCGUUAUUGUUUAGGUUUAGGCAUGUGUAUUGAGACCUUUAAAUUGACAGGUACAAUUUAUAGAAGGCAUAUAUUGGGUAUUUAAACCAGCAAUACAGAGAAACCUGUUAGAUUCUGUGAUUUAGACAAGGAAAAAGUCAAGUCAGGACACCAUACUACGCAUCAUUAGAUCCUGUUUCUGUUUGACACGGUUGAAUGGAUUCCGUUGGAUAUUUCUGCUGACACUUUUUAUGUUCUGUGAUAUACUUCAACAGAUUUGUGAUCAGUGAUGGUACCAGUGUCCUGAACAAUUCAACUCUACUGAUCUUACAAACAUAUUUGAAGUCAUGGCGAAGAGUAAAUUUGAAUAUGUGAAACACUUUGAGGCAGAGGACCGAUGCUUGCCAAACUGUUGGAUUGUAGUUCGUAUUGAUGGCAAAGCAUUCCACAGGUUUACAGAUGUUCACCACUACAUGAAGCCUAACGAUGAACGAGGUCUGGGCUUGAUGACCAAAGCUGCUCACUGUGUCCUCGAAGAGUUCAAAGAUGUUGUCAUGGCUUAUGGUCAAAGUGAUGAAUAUAGUUUCGUCUUCAAGAAAAAUACCAAAAUGUUUAACAGAAGAGCAAGUAAAAUAAUGACCAAUGUCGUGAGCCAGUUUUCCUCAUCUUUCGUGUUUUACUGGGCCCGAUUCUUUAACAAGCAGCCACUACAAUACCCUCCAGUGUUUGAUGGCAGGGUUGUGCUCUAUCCCUCUGACAAGAAUCUCAGGGACUACCUCAGCUGGCGUCAGGCUGACUGUCACAUCAACAACCUGUAUAACACAUGCUUCUGGAAGUUAGUUCAGGAGAAAGGUCUGUCACCAGCCCAGUCACAGGAGCGCCUCAAAGGUACUCUGUCCAGUGAUAAAAACGAGCUGUUAUUCUCAGACUUUAGUCUCAACUACAACAGUCUCCCGGAGCUGUAUAGAAAAGGAUCAGUGCUGAUACGGGUGAAGGAUACAGAUACUGAGCGGCCCACUGAUCGUGAGUUACAGAACGGGGUACGAAGCUUGUCAGUGUCGUUCGAGUAUCAUUUGGACCCUAGCAGUAAACCUCCUCGUAUCAACAUCCUUCACUCAGACAUUAUCGGUGAAAAGUUUUGGCAGGAACACCCAGAAAUACUGGAUGUAUAGUUGUAAUUGAUAAUUUUAGUAUUAAUUCAAUUUUUUUAUGGCCAGAAGAAUUCUAUAAUUCCUAUGAGCAUGUUAGAGAGUGUCUCAAUACUGGAGAUGUCAAACACAUGCUGGAGGUUUCAAACAAUACUGGAGAUGUCAAACACAUACUGGAGGUUUCAAACAAUGUUGGAGAUGUCAAGCACAUACUGGAGAUGUCAAAUACAUACUGGAGGUUUCAAACAAUGCUGGAGAUGUCAAGCACAUACUGGAGGUUUCAAACAAUGCUGGAGAUGUCAAGCACAUACUGGAGAUGUCAAACACAUGCUGGAGGGUUCAAACAAUGCUGGAGAUGUCAAACACAUACUGGAGAUUUCAAACAAUGCUGGAGAUGUCAAACACAUACUGGAGAUUUCAAACACAUACUGGAGAUGUCAAACACACUGUACACUGCACCUAGUAGAGGGAAUAUUCCUCAGUGAUAUACAGAUGGGAGGGAACUUUAAAUGCACAGAAAUGUUUUCUAGUAAUUUUAUAUUGAUCAUUUGGACAAGAUGAACCAGUAUUCAAAAACCAAUUUUUACUUGAAGAUAUUCCAUCUAUGAAUUUACGGUGGUGCAUUUUAUGAAAUUUAAAUAUAGAUAUUUGUUCAUUGUUGUGACCUAAUGACUGUUGAGGAGGUGGAAAUAUGAAGUGAAAAAUGCUCCAGCAACUCAGGUUAAUUAUGAGACAAUUACACGACAGCAGACAAUAUUUUCAUUUUUGUAACGUAAAUUUUCGUACGCCUGUGUUUUCAGAUAUAGAGAUAUCAUUGUGUCAAGUCAGAAUUGCGACCAUGAUAGGACAUAGCCAAACUUUGCAAACAAGUAUCAAAUCUGGCUUAAGUGUGGUUUCUGAUACUCGUCAAUCAUUUAUUGUAUCAUUUCUUAAGUGCAAAAAUGGUACAAACAACAUCCUUGUAUGAGGUUCCUAGCAAGUCCUAGUUCAAUCUUAUCAAGUCAUUAUAUACACUAUAUAGUCUUAUUCUAUUACUUUUACUAAUUUAUCUAAA